CGCUGCGCACCGAACCAAACGUCUCGGCACACGCGGCGCUCGGCAGUGCAGCGCGUCGGCUGCUGUGUACAGACAGGCAGAGACCUCAAGCGGCGCCGCCAGCCUCGGCCUCACCGCCAACCUCCUCCCCGCCCGUGCAAAACGAGCGGAACGCACACCAAGCUCACAGCGAUGGCUCUCGCCGCCCGCGCCGGGCUCGUGCGCGUCCUCCCUCCCCGCCCCUCGUCCAUCUCCCAGCCGAGGCAACUCAAGCAAGGUUUAGGCUGCCGCGGCGGGGCGUCGCUGGCCGUGCGGGCGAAGGACUCCGACGACUUCGGGGCCUUGCUCUCCGAGAAGCCCGUGGCGCCGGCGCCGGCGCCGGCGCCGGCUAAGUGGGAUGGGUUUGGCCGAGAUGUGAGCAAUGUGGAGGAGAAGGAGACGGAGGAGGUGCAGAGCGAGCCGGCUUCGUGGGGUGUGCUCAACCAGAUCGGCGUUGAGUUGGACUCUGACAAAUCAUAUUCCGCUCUCGUAUAUGGCACAUCUGCUGUUGUUGCGGUUUGGAUCUCAUCAAUUGUGGUUUCUGCACUUGAUUCUGUCCCUUUGGUCCCUCAGGUGAUGGAAGUUGUUGGCCUUGGCUUCACAAUUUGGUUCACCUCAAGAUAUCUGAUAUUUAAGGAGAACCGCGCCGAACUUAUCGCCAGAGUUAGCUCCAUGAAGAAGCAAAUAUUAGGGUCCCAUGAUAACUGAGCAAUUUUCUUGCGUUCUGUAACCUGUGCUGGGUUUUAACGAAGAGAUUGUUUUGAAUAAUUAGAGUGUUUUCUGGACCUUUCCUGCAUUUUUUGACCAAUCAAAGAAUAGUAGUUGCAUUGUGGCAUCACCGUGUUAUAAACCUAGUACUCUUGGCGUUACUUCCUUUAAAAUUGAGGGCGGGGGUUGCGAACUUGCGAUCCAUGCUGUCUUGACAGUCUUGUACGAUUUUCUUUGCAUGUGACCUAUUGAGGCGGCUAUCUUUCCAAAGUCGUGCAUCAGGUGGGUGCCGCCGUCCCCGUCGAAGG